CAUCCUUAAUUCUAUAUAUCUCAAAUAACAAAUUACCAUGAAUACCUUUCUUCUUCUAACAUGUCUCUUUCUCUUAACAAGUGUCUCCGCUGCUCAAAACUGUGGGAGACAGGGCGGUAACGCUCCAUGCACGAACGGAAACUGUUGUAGUCAAUACGGUUUCUGUGGAAACACUCCCGCUCACUGCUCACCUGCACAAAACUGUCAGAGUCAGUGCAGCGGGGGUGGAGCACCAUCAGGCGGGAACGAUGUUGCCUCAAUCGUCACACAAUCAGUGUUUGAUGAAAUGUUAAAAUACCGUAACGACCCUAGAUGCCGUGCAAACGGAUUUUAUAGCUACACUGCUUUUCUAAAUGCCGCAAGUGCUUACCCUGGAUUUGGCACGACCGGAACCGCUGAUGACCGAAAAAGAGAGCUCGCGGCUUUCUUUGGUCAAACAUCCCAUGAAACUACAGGUGGAUGGGCAACCGCACCAGACGGUCAAUUUGCGUGGGGAUAUUGCUUUGUUAGGGAACAAGACCAAUCAAAUAGAUAUUGUGACUCUCCUGAUUGGCCUUGUCCCCAAAGCUAUUAUGGCAGAGGACCUAUCCAACUCUCUCACAACUACAACUACGGACUAUUUGGAAGGUCGAUACAAAGGGACUUGAUCAACUCUCCUGACCUCUUAGCAACAGACCCAACGAUAUCCUUUCAGUCAGCGAUAUGGUAUUGGAUGACUCCACAAGGUAACAAGCCAUCAAGCCAUGAUGUCAUCACUGGAAGGUGGACCCCGUCGGCUGCAGACAACGCAGCCGGUCGUGUCCCGGGUUAUGGAGUGAUCACCAACAUUAUUAACGGUGGCCUAGAAUGUGGCCAAGGCCAGAAUUCGAAGGUGGAGGAUAGAAUUGGGUUCUAUAGAAGGUAUUGCAGUAUUAUUGGAGUUACUACUGGAAACAAUCUUGAUUGCUACAAUCAAAGACCUUUUGCAUAAAUCAGAGACUUUAAUUAGUUGUAUACUGGAUGAUGUUACUUGCAAUAAAGAACUUAUUAUUAUGUAAUUGGUGUUUAACAGUUAUUUGUCAACUUUAUAAUUGAUAACAAUAAUACCGUAAUAAUAAUUUUCAACUUCAA